UACUGUUCCAAUUAUGGUUCUCUCAGCAACAGCUCCACUCUUCCUUAUUACUUCUGUAACCCAACAUCUGAAUAUGCCUGACUAUGUUCUAGUAUCUGGAUCUCUAAAUCGUCCAAACUUACAUUUUUCUUUGGAUUCAUCCACCUCUAUUUCGUCAGUCUUCCACUUGUUAGCUUCUAUGUUGUCCUCUGUAAAGUAUUCUAAAGAUAUUCCAAAAACUCUUAUAUUUUGCAGAUCAAAGGAUGUUUUGUAUAAAGUGUAUAUUCAUCUUGUGUACAGCUGCAGUAGUAUAACCAGGGGUACAGAAGGAAAAUACCAUGCCACAAUGACACUUGAGGGGCGAUCUCAACACUAUGGAGAAUUCAAGCGUGGCAAGCAGCGAGUCAUGGUAGCUACUAGUGCGUUUGGCCUUGGUGUGGACAUUGAUGACACCAGUGAAGUUAUUCUAUUCGGUUUGCCAGACAGUGGAUCUGAGCUUGUGCAACUUGCUGGACGUGGAGGGAGAGAUCCACUAAGGUUGUGCCUUGUUCGGUUUGUGGCACACUCUCAGGACCGUAGGCUGUCAGUGUGCAACAACGAAAUUGUGACUCUUGCCUCAAAUAAGGUCUGUUUGAGAAGAGUUCUUGUUUACAAGAUUUUGCAGUCAGAUGAGCCAUUACCUGAUAGUAAUUUGUGCUGUUCCUUGUGCAAUGCAUCUGAUGAGCGACCUCAUAUUUUUCAGCCAGAGGUGGAUUGCACCUUACCACUUCCUCCUAUUCCAUGCAGAUCUGCACCGUUGAGAUCACGUCGUGUUGUUGCUGGUCAGAGAGCUGCUUUGAGGAAAGCACUACUUGAACUUAGAAGGACGGCAGGUGGCACAAGAUACAGAAUGAGAGGACUAGAUGGGGUGUUAUCCAUGUUAGUGAUUGAUAAAUUAGUAAAAAAAUGUAAUAAGAUUCGAUCAGAUAAUGAUGUUAGGUCACUAGGAGUUGUAAGGGACUUCAGUUUAGCAGUUUUUAAGUUAAUUGAGUUUCACAUUCCUUGCACUAUAGCCAAUAUUAGUAGUGAUGGUACAAGGAGCACUCCAGCUUGUAGACAUGUUUUAGGAGAGAUUACAAAUCACUAGUAACUCACUUUAGGCUAUGUUUCUCAAUACAAGUAGUUACGAUAUUAUGUACAUGUGUCUAUUUCUGUCAUAGCUGUAUGUCAUCAAGAGAAUCAAUUUCUUCAUGGUCUUCAGUGGACUGAUUGUCCUCAAUUCUCAGGUCUGUCUUACUUAGGAACU